AUGUUUGAGUUUGAAGAUAAUGUGUGGGAUGGAUUUGAUGAGAUCGAGAAUGAUGAUCUCACAGUCCCCCGUUCUGGUAGCCCACACAAUAAUCAGUUUGUAAUAGAGGGUGAUGGCGGUAAGAAAUCACUUCACGAAUUACAUGGUAUAAGGAGUAGCGAUCGUGUUAGUAGCUAUGAAACUCUGGGUAAAGAGGAAUUAUACUUGCAAAAUAUGGCCCAGAAUGAAAGAAUGCCAGAAAAGGAUUCAUGGUCUGACACACCUGAAGGUGUAUUUUCUUCAUGUGACGGUGACUUGUACAGAGAAGAAAAAAGGCUAACUUCCGAUGAUACAGGCAUGUCUGACCAUUUUUUCAAGAGCAGCAAUAUAGAUUCUGGUGGCAGCGAGCUUUGUGCAGAUGAUACCAUCUCAGAAAACAAGUGUGUGGUGGAAGAUGAUAGUGUGCGCCAACUUCCAAAAAACCACACAUCUCAAGCUGAUAAUGAACUCAACUUUCUUGAUGGGUGGCUGGAUAUGGGAAACUUAGAAGAUGUUGACAGGAUGUUAAGUUGUGAUUUAAAUUUUGGAAUGGAGAGUCUCAAUAAUGAAGAGGAGUUCUGCUGGUUUUCUUCUUCGCAUGGUGCUGAAGGAAAAUAUUGA